AUGGCUUCGGGAUACGACAGAGCUCUUUCAGGUCCGUCAUCAUCGCUCCGAAAAACCGAACAACGAGCCGCUAACUUUCCCUACCAUAUAGGUACCUGCGCCGUCGGCGUCAAGGGAACGGAUGUGGUAGUGCUGGGUUGUGAGAAGCGAUCAGCCAUGAAGCUACAAGACACACGUAUCACUCCCUCCAAGAUCGGUCUCCUCGAUACCCAUGUUUGCCUCGCCUUCGCCGGCCUCAACGCGGACGCCCGCAUCCUGGUCGACAAGGCGCGGUUAGAAGCCCAGUCGCACCGCCUCAACCUCGAAGACCCUGUUACGAUUGAGUACAUUACCAAAUACGUUGCCGGCGUGCAGCAGCGGUACACUCAGAGCGGUGGUGUCCGGCCCUUCGGCAUUAGCACCCUGGUCGUCGGCUUCGACAAAGGGAGCGAGCAACCCCGACUCUACCAGACGGAGCCCUCGGGCAUUUACUCUGCAUGGAAAGCCAACGCCAUCGGCCGAUCGAGCAAGACGGUUCGCGAGUUCCUGGAGCGCAACUACAAGGAGGACAUGGACCGGGAGGCGACCGUACGGCUCGCCUUCAAGUCGCUGUUGGAGGUGGUACAGACAGGCGCCAAGAACAUCGAGAUCGCCAUCAUGGCGCCAGGCAAGCCGGUCGAGAUGCUGCCGGUCGAGGACAUUGAGAACUACGUCAAGAACAUUGAGCAGGAGAAGCAGGGAAGGAGGCGGCUAAGAAGAAGACGUGGCAGGAACCCCUGGGACGGGUGCCGCCGCCAUUCUGACGCGGGGCACUCAGGGGGAGUCCAGUGA